UUUCCUCGGGGGAUAAUGACACUUUGUGGCGUUGUAGGAGAGGACAACGACAACAGACAUGUUUGGGAGGAGCAUGGUUUCUGGUCGGACUCUGUACGUGCGCGCGCUCCUUCUGCUUCCUGCUUAGGAGAGAGGAGUGGCGUGCUUCCUGCUGGACUUCUGCGGGACAAAAUGCAGGACCCAAACGAGGACACGGAGUGGAAUGACAUCCUGAGGAAGAAAGGCAUUCUUCCUCCUAAAGAACUUCCCCCAGAAGAUGACGAGGAAGAACAACAUCAGUCUGUUGUGAGAACGUAUGAGGACAUGACGCUGGAGGAGCUGGAGGAGAACCAGGAUGAGUUUGAAGAGGACGACGAGGCGGCCAUAGAGAUGUACAGACAGAAGCGUCUGGCGGAGUGGAAGGCCAGUCAGGCCAAGAACAUCUUCGGGGAGGUGACGGAGAUCUCGGGUCAAGACUACGUCAAUGAGGUCAACAAGGCUGGCGAAGGCAUCUGGGUGGUGCUGCACCUCUACAAGCAAGGCAUCCCUCUGUGCUCGCUCAUCAACCAACAUCUCAGCGCUCUGGCCCGCAAGUUCCCUCAGACCAAGUUCCUCAGGUCCAUCUCCACCACCUGCAUCGCCAACUACCCUGACCGCAACCUGCCCACGGUCUUCGUCUACCUGGACAACCAGAUCAAGGCGCAGUUCAUCGGGCCGCUGGUCUUUGGCGGCAUGAACCUCACCUUGGAAGAACUGGAGUGGAGGAUAUCAGAGAGCGGCGCGGUGAAGACGGAGCUGGAGGAGAACCCUCGGAAACAAAUUGAGGACAAACUGAUGUCGUCCAUCAGGUCCUCGCUGCCCACCCGCAGGACCAGCGAGUCUGAGGACGAGGACUGACUUUCCUGUCUUACUGAACUGGUUGCCAUGGAAACCUCCUUAAAGGACUGCCAAGGAAACAAUUCCAAGUACAUUAAACUUCUUCUUUCUGUCCAACGUCA